CAGUCAGCAGGGUGUGGACAUGAUCAGUGUAUUCUAAGGCCUAGUGUUGUCAAUUUAAAGAGGUUACAAUGAAAAUCUGUGUUGUUAUUAGUUUUAUAGUGAUAUCGUCAAUAUCGAGAGCCGUUUCUGAGGAAUGCGAUGCGUGUUUAAAAGUAGAACAAUGCCCAGCUUUCAAGGAACUAAGCAAAGGAGAGCAAGAAGAUUUGCAACUUAAAUACCCCUGCUCAUCAUCCGAAGAUUAUGAAUUGAGCAACCUCUUUGGAUUCGCACCCAUCUCUACCGGAGAAUAUGUAUGCUGUUCCGACGUCCAACGAUCAGUGAGAAACAGACGCAACAAUUACAAUAAUUUCGGCCGCCAAAAUAAUAAUUAUGAUGACAGAAACCUUGGUUACAAUAAUUACCCUAACUCGCAAAACCCAAACGGUUACGGAUUCAGAAAUAACCCAAGUGAUAAUGGUUGGGGAUCGAAUGAAGAUAAUGAGUACCGAAAUCAAGGUAGCCCGGAUUAUGACGGGAAUGGGUACAACAAUCAGGGGUCUAGAAACUAUUUUAAUAAUAAUAACAGUCCGUAUGUGACAGCGAGUCCAUUUUUUCCUAUUCGUGGACAAGGUCGUGGGGGUAAUAGUCAGCGGGGUCAAUGCCCUGUAACAAGCUUACCCCCGAACCCUGAUACAGGAUGUUGCGGCCGCGAGGCGUCUGAUAGCGACAGGAUUAUCGACAGGCCUAAACCACCAUCCUAUUAUGACGAGGGGCCUAGAAAUAAUGGGAAUAACUAUUACGGUAACACUGCUUGGCCUUACAACAGACCUCAAGGACGGUUCAUAAGGGAAGCUAAGGAUGUUCCUGAAGUAACCAUUGGCAAUCGUAUCGCAGGUGGUCGGGAAACCGAACUGGAGCAGUUCCCCUGGACUGUCCUCCUGGAAGUAACCUUCGACUAUGGAGACAAGAGACAGGGCUACAACUGCGGAGGUUCCCUCAUCAGCUCGAAGUAUGUCCUGACUGCCGGUCACUGCAUUUUUGAUCAGGGAGGCAAAGUUGUUGAUGUGGACAUAUACCUAGCAGAAUACGACAAGCGUACAUUCCCACGAGACUGUAAGAACGUGCUGGGUGAAGGGCAGAAGUGUAUAGAGAACAUCGUGAUGAAGGCCGAGGAUGUUGUACUGCAUCCACAGUAUGAUGACACACAGCUCACCAAUGACAUUGCUUUGAUAAGGUUACAAGGCAACGCACCUUAUACAGACUACAUUCGACCCAUCUGCCUGCCAUCCAUUGACAUCGACAGUCCGGAUUUCUCGAACCUUCGUCUAGCCGUCGCCGGGUGGGGUCGGAACGGCCGCUACCGAUCGAACAUCAAACAAUCAACAAUCGUCAAUCUAGUGCCUCAGGAAAAAUGCAUAAAAUUCUACCCGAACUUGUCAAGACGACAAAUGUGUGCGGCGGGUUACACAGGCGAGGACACAUGCAAAGGAGACUCUGGCGGGCCACUCAUGACGGUGUACGGCGGGAAGUACCAAGUAGUGGGUGUCGUGAGUGGGAAGAGGGCGGACUCGCCCUGUGGGACCUCCGUGCCGUCACUCUACACUAACGUCUACCACUACAGAGACUGGAUACAGAGCAAUAUGAAGAAUUAAUUAUUUCACUCGUGUUGCUCGUACUCAAAGAAAUCUCAUGUGAAUCGUGAAGUAGUAAUUAUAAGUUCUAGUCUAAGAAAAUAAAAUGUAAGUCUUCCACCAACGAAUAAACGAAAUCAAAGUUAAUAAUUCAAUUCAUUUCCGUACAAUAAAUUUAGCAAAAAGUCUCCCCGAGUCCCAAGUUCGCCAGGCAAACGUUGUGUGUUAAAUGUAGCAUAUUAUUGCGGAAUGAUUGCCGGCUACGAAAGGUCUCAGUUUCCCUAGAACUAGGUUUUGCAUGCUACCGAGCAACAAAUAAACUUUUAUGAACUGAAAAAUGUAGCGGUAAAAUUCGAGGUGGCGAUAUUUUGUAGCUGUUUUCGUCGUGGCGUUGGCAGGUCCGCUUUGUGGCGCGUAAAUUGGCAGCGUAUUCAGCUAUUGCAAAAUUGUUCAUUCAAGUGAAAGAUUAAUUUUAUUGAAAAUAUUAUAAUGCAUGCGUAUAACAAUAGCAA